AGGACAAGAAUAAGAAUGGCAGCUUGUGACAUCGCGUCUUCCGCUGAAAUCGAAGAUUUCCUUCACUGUGCCUUGGUGUCGUGGCUCGAAUUAUACCUUCCAAAAUCUGAAUUAAUUUCCGGAUAUGCGUCGCUCUUAGAUGGAGUAAUUAUAAAUUGGGUUUGGCAGAAAGUGGACCCAGAUCCGCUGCAUUCAAUAUUACCCUUGGAUAACGCAACCGGACCUGAUUUAGCGACCGCAAGGACGAAAAACUUCGAAGCUAUCGUGCAGAAUAUUCGAGACUUCUACGAAAAUGAGCUAGACCAGGUGAUACUGGCCUUACCCGAUUGUUUCAGUAUCGGAUUCAAACCGGACAGCAAGACCGGCUUAGAACAGUUGAAAUUGCUGAUAACAUUAAUCCUUGGGGCAGCUGUGCAGUCUUCCCAGAAGGAGGUGUUUAUCGAAAAAAUCAAAGAGUUGGAUGAGGCCACCCAACAUGAGAUUGUCGAAAUGAUUAAGCUUGUCAUCGAUGAGAGUAAUUUGGUUUUGAGUAAGGACAACUUGUGCUUGCUUCAGGAAGAUGCUUUGUUCAAUAGUUUCAAAGCUAUGCAAGAUGAACGUAACUUUUACUACUUCAAAUGGAUAUCUGCAGUCACCGACAUCGAAAAAAUCGGCCCUGAAAUAACAAAAAUUGCAUCUUCCGCGUCCUCAAUUGCGGCCAGUAAAAACUGUGAAAUUACCGAGCUAAAGUCAACAAUUCGCGAGCUGAAGCGAGAACUAACUGAAAAGGCAGAUGUUAUCCUUGAACUGACAGCGGAAAUCGACCUCAAAAUAAAGCAAGCAGAGAAGCUACAGAGCGAGAAGCAAGAAUUGUAUGCAGAAGCGAAGCGGGCAAUCGCAUAUCGGGACGAACUCGACGCAGCUCAUGAGAGGAUCGAACAGGCAGACCAUCUUGAAACUGAAGUGCGGAAAUUGCGAAAAAAGCUUUCCAAUGCGGAGUUCUAUAAGGCUAGAGUCGAUCAGCUUCUUGAAGAUAACCGUCUUCUUAAAGAGACUAAGGAUAUUCUGGAAGAUCAACUUGAACGUGAUCGUCAACUCUCCGAACAGAUGUCAGUGCUAGAAUUGCAAGUCAACGACUACAAAGAAAAAUUGAACGAGAUAGUCCUAGAACGCAAUGCUGAACAAGCCAAGUUUGAAGAGCUGAUUAUCGAAAAUACCCAACUGCAUUUAUCCAGGCAUUCAUUGUCAGCGAAAUCUGAUCUGGAAGUUUCAUUUUGUGAUGUCUCCACCGAACAUAUGGAUAUUAGUCUCUCAGAUGAACUGAGAAAUAGCGUCCAAGCUAAGCUUCUAGCAUUAGAAUUGGAAAAUUCUAGACUAUUGAAUCAGAUAGAAGUUGUAAAGGAUACUUCAGCGGCAGAGUCUAUAGUGGCAGAGCUUGUAGACCUACAGAAAAAAUACAAAGAAGAAUUAGGAAAUGACAAACAACUCGAUCUGGCUAUCGAGCAGAACCGAAAAUUGUUGAAUGCCCUCCGGUCACAUAAAAAGACAACAGAUCAACACUCUGAGGAAAUACGUAUAGUAACUGAGCAAAGAGAUACGCUGAAAUCCUACCUGAUAAGGGCCCAGAAGAAGCUGAAGGAGUUGGCCGAACAGAACAAAGAUCAAGCCGGAAAGAUCAAUCAAUUAAACCUAAGAUUGGUAAAACUAGUCGAUUCGGAACAAAAGGUUCAUGACCUGCAGGAACAAAUCGAAAAACUAGCAUCCCAACAAGUUGCAAACGAGACCCAAAUCAACAACAUGCAAAAGGAGCUUGAACUUCAAACUAAAACGAAUGAUGCCAUCAAAAAAAAUCUGCAAAAGUUAGGAUUUAACGCCCCUGCCUUCGAAAGCCCAGAUAUAGAAGCAUUUCUGAUGUCAGGCAAAGUAUUCUCCACGCCUGAAGUGCGUAAAAAAUUCCUGAAAAUAGCUGGGAUAACAUCAAGCGAUCUGCCUGCCUCGUCGUUCAGAGAUAAUCCUUUAAUUGUCAAAGUCUCAACUUUGGAGUCAAAACUGAGCUCCCUCCAACAAGUGAACAAUCAACUGGCCUCGAAUAAGGAUAGACUCAUUAAACAAAUCGAAGCAUUGAAGCAUGGCCAGCCAUGUUGGGUCCGUGAUCAAAAUCACUGGGAAAAACGCCAUGUCCGCCUCAACGUUAGUUUAACCAAAGCUUUGAAGGAUCCAGAAACCUUAAAAAAAAUGAUACUUGAUCUUGGAGAUAAGGACGUGGACCUCAAGCAUUUUCUUGAGAAGCUAGAGAAGGCCAAUCCUGAGGAAUUAGACGCCCUUAAAGCUGACUACGCAAAACUAACUGAAGAUUUUUCAGCUCUUUUUAAAACAUGCAACCAAUACAAAAACGACUACGAAACUCUGAACGCUGAAUAUGAUACGAUUCAAACCGAAAACGAACGUCUCAAGGAGCAAAUUAUUGAACUCAGUGAAAAAAUCGAGGACAUUGUAUAUGCGGAGAAUGACUACACGUCGCUCGCUGAUCGUUGUGAGAUGCUAAUGACAAUGAACGCAAAUCUAACCAGGGAGCGUAAGGUUUUAAUGGAAAACGUCUCCAAACUCUUUACUCAAUAUCGCGAAUUAUUAAGCCACACCUUGGAGGACAAGCAGUUCUAUCACGACGCUCGUGAAAAUUAUCUGCAAAAGGUUUCAGAGUUGAAAUUUCACAAGGAGCGCUUGGAAAUGAAAAUUAUAGGUCAACAUUUAACUGCAGAAAAUGCAACAAAAAAGAAAGAGACCAGUCUCAUCAAACGAGUGAAAAAAGUUGGCAGUGACCUAUUGAGUAAGGUUCCAACGCGUAGUAGGAAAUCUUUGACUGAUGAGUCCAGUUCAACUCCGUCGAAACUUCAACAAAACGAUUCGGAGUCUGUAAGUCCAGCAUCUGAACCGUCCUCAGGAUCUGUGCAGGAUACUUAUUCUGAUCUAAGUACUCAGUCAUCAGUCAGUCAUGGCGAUUACAUCGAACCGGCUGAACCUGAGGUCGAGGAUAAUCGAAGAAAUUCGAACUAUGCAUCGCCUGAGACGUCGGGGGAGCCGAUAAAUAGUUUGGACUCUCUGCGACCGGGAUAUCGGAAACCGAUUUAUGUGAAUGAGAGUAAGUCGGAAAAAUGAGAUCGAUUGGAUAUAAAUUUAGAUUUAAGUAUUUGAUGUAAUUUAACUGUAGCAUUAAUAGUUUAGGGUUAAAGGAAUAAAAAAAAUUUACAUGAAAAAAA